GUUCAGUUAUUUCACUCUAUUGGCAAUGAAAAGGAUGUAUUAUAAUGUAUGUAUAUAUAUAUAUACUUAACACCCCUAAUUUUUUUUUUCUUUUCAGUUUUAGGUCAGUGGUUCUGCUUUUGUUCAGUGGAGAGAGAAGUAAACAUUUCUGCCACUGCAGUGUUAACAAAAAGUCACUGCACAAAAAGUCCUAUAAAGCUAAAGUGCUUGUGUUAAAACAGUCAGUCAUUUGGUUGCUGUUGAUCUGAUGAGCUUCAAAACGAUAUAUUUGAUGCUGAUGUUGGUCAGAAUGGCUCCUGCUCUUCCUCUGAUCUUUCUGCUCAUGAUUCACAGGGUUUCUAGUGCUGGUUGGGGUGUGAGUUACAGUCCUUCACACAUCUGUGCACUAAAGGACUCAUCAGUGAUAAUGAAGUGCACUUAUACAUACCCUACUGGAUAUCAGAUCAUGAGAGUGUUCUGGUUCAAAGGCCCUGUAACAAAUGGCAAAGAGCCUCCAGAUCUUUCUAUUGACCCUGAUUACCGUCAGAGGCUUCAGUAUCUGGGAGAUAAACAGCAGAACUGCACCAUCAGACUGAGUCAUGUGACACUGAAGGAUUCACGCAUGUACUAUUUCAGAUUCAUCACUAAUAAACCUGAUGGAAGAUAUACUGGUGAUCCAGGAGUGACUCUUACUAUCACAGGUGACUUUGAUCUUCAGGUGGAGUCUCCUGAGAGAGUGACAGAGGGAGAUUCAGUCCGUCUGACAUGUAAAAGCAGCUGCACUCUGACUGACAGAGCAACAUUCAUCUGGUACAGAAACUCACAGCCAUUAACUGAGAGAAGAGACAGAAACAAUGAACUCCUGCUGCAGUCAGUCAGAAGAGAGGAUGCAGGCAGAUAUAGCUGUGCUGUACACGGACACAAUCACAUCUCUCCUGCUGUUCAGCUCAAUGUCAUGUUUCAUCAUGGUGCUGGUAGGAAUGUGAUUGUGAUCGCAGCGACAUCUGGAGGAUUAUUCAUCAUCAUCAUCAUCAUCAUCAUCAUCCUCUUUAUAAUAAAGAAACGAAGGAGAGAUAAAACUGAAGAUCUCACAGUGAAACAGAAUGAUCUCUAUUCUGACGCGUCACAGAGAGCUUCAGUCCAUGACGAGCCUCUUUCUGAACCGGAUUCAGCCAAUGACGCUCCGUAUGCCAGUGUGAAACCAAAGAGAUUCAGAGGAAACACUCCUGAAUCCAGAGAGACUGAGGAGAUCCAGUACGCAACUGUCCAACAUCCCAGAAAGAAAAAGACGAAGAGAGAAGAGGAGAACGAAAACCAGUACGACAAUAUAAGAGUUCAUCAGUUUGAUGCUGCUGUGAGGCAAUCAGUUGUUGAAACUGUAUAAGACGCAUUAGUGAUCUACAGCAGUGUCAAAUGAGAGACAGACCGUCAUGAAGCCUGUGUUCAGACAUCAAUCUGCUGGGAAAUGGAGGAUUGGAUAGUUGUGCAAUAAUUUACCCAUCUGUUCAAACCACAACCAAUACACACAGGUUCAACACUCACAUUAAAGGCCUUAAAAUUGUGAGAGUGUGUUAUAGGCUAAAUAACAUGUUAUAGUCAGAUAUGACGGCGUUACUGCAUCACCGCAGAUGAGCAGCUGAGGAUCUCUUCGACACGCAGACUGCUGCAAAUGAAACUGAAAGUCGCAGACGCUCAACACACAAACAUCUUCAUUAAAAGUAAUGAGAAUAAAUGAUCUUAUCAGUGCUGUUGCCACGUUCUCUCCUAUUGCAGUCUUUGAUUUUGAAAUUAGCUGAUGAUCAAUACAAUUACGCUCAUAUUUGAACUCCUUUAAAUUAAAGAUCGGAUUUAUAUCCAUUUUGCAGAGACAUAUUUAUGUGGUCAAGUGUAAAUGGAGUCGUAGAAAUUUGUAACUUUUUAUGACAAUAUUACAUUUAUUCUAGUUAAAUAAAGGAUAUUUUG